UAGUGAGCUAUUGUGACUUCCAGAAUAAGGUUCCAUCAGAGCCCAGCAAUAUAGUUACGAUGGCCAAUGCUGACCUGGCACUGCCGUGUGCCAAGCAUUGCCCACCUAAUGUGCCCUGGGAGGUGGAUCACGUGACCUGUUUUACAGGUGGGGACUCUGGAGCACAGAGAGGUUUGGGAACUUGUUCAAAGUCACACAGCUAAUAGGUCCCGUGCUCUGCACUUUGUCCCUGCCUCCAGUGCUAUUGCCUCCUUUAUGAUGGUGACUUGAUUUCACUGGGAAUCCUGCAGUGAUGGCUCUGGGGUUGUUCUUGUGUGGCUGCUGAUCACGGUUAACCCACAGCAGGCUGCUCAGUGUGUGUGUCCUUCCGUUAUGUCCUUUGGAUGCGUCCCUGGGACCAGACGGGGCCGUUCCUUCACCGGGCAGAGUUGCUGUGGGCCCAGGAGGGAGAAGAGGGAUAUAAACACCGGGGCAAUUGCAUCUUCAGAGAAAUGAGCUCUGCACAAUCCCGCGAGACUUCUUUCAGCUGCUGCCCAACCUCACCUGGCUGGACCUGCGGCACAACAGGAUUCAGGUGCUUCCGUCCGGGAUUGGCUCUCACAGGUAUUUGAAAACUUUGCUUUUAGAAAGAAAUCCUAUCAAAAUGUUACCUGUGCAGCUGGGGAACGUGACGACGCUGAGAGCACUGAACCUGAGGCACUGCCCUCUGGAGUUCCCGCCUCAGGUCAUUGUGCAGAAGGGCCCGGCCGCCAUCCUGAGAUUCCUGCAAGGCUCUGCAGCCAAGCUCUCCUCCCGCCGAGACCCAGCAGCUUCUCAAGCGAUGCACCUAAAUCAGCUGCCAUAUCCCGUGCUGGCCUUACCCGAAGAAUGUGCACCCAACGGAGGCACCACUAAUUCUCAGGGACCAAAGGGGACCAGGUUAAAAGAAAUGGAGGGCCCGUUCCCACCUGUUGAGAGACUGGACCUGAGUGAGCUCAGGAGAUCCGCCGAUUCCUGUGAAGACUGGCCGAGUGAGGAGGAGAUCAGGCGCUUCUGGAAGCUGCGGCAGGAGAUCGUGGAGAAGGAGCAGGCGGAGGUUCUGCAAAACCAGCUCCUCGCCAUGGAGCUGCCUCCAAACCUCCGGGCCGUGCUGCGCACCCGGGAUGAAGCGCGCCCCAACCCCAGACACGCCCUCAGAAGGAAGAUACCCUCCUUCAAGGGCGCCCUGCCUGGCCUGGCGUUAGCGCACCCGGCGGGGACAGGGACGGCGACAGAAGCAGAGCAGCUGGAGGAGAGGCGGGCCUCGGCCUUCAGGGAGCUGCGGGAGAAGCAGGCGCUGAUGGAGCAGCGCCGGAGAGACAGAAGGGCCCUGCUGGAGUGGCGGGAGCAAGCCCAGACGCUGAGGAAGAGGAAGAGGGAACUCGGCAAACUCCGGCCUCCACGACGGACGCUGGAGGCCCCCAAGCUCCCCUUUGCCACAGAUCUGAUCGAAGACGAGAAAACGCCAGUGGCUCCACCGGGGAAAGGGGCACAGCUCAAAGAGAAGUCCCCACACGCCAGUGACGAGCCCAGGCCCUUCCAGGAGCGGGGCCUGGAGGGGAGGCUGCAGCAGCACGUCCGGCAAAUGCAGGAGGCGAGGAAAACGUUUCAGGGGGUGGCACCGUUCAAGGAGAUGAGGAAGGCCACCGAGGACCUGGAGGUGGCCAGAAAGCUGCUGGAUGGAGUCAUGAAACUGAGCAAGAGCCACGGGGGCCCGGCGCUCCCUGGGAGCCAUCCGCUGUGCCUGCCGGCAUUACAGCCUCAGAAUACGUUUUCCAACACGAAACACUAAGCAUCUGAAAGUGACCACAAAUACUAAUGACAGCGUCUUAUGUGCGACGACGGGAACGCCUCCAGCGGGAGUGGGCUCGGCGGGGCUGUCUUCCUCGGUGCCCUCGCACGCUGGGCUCUCAGGUUCAGCAUCUCCCCCGGCUCGCGGUGCAGGCAGCCUAUUGUUUUUGAUCUGCGUUGCUUUUUCUGAGGCCGUGAAAGGUUUCAGCUGCAUUAAAAGGAAGAGAAUACUGUAAACCAGCCACACCGCUUUCAUUUCUAGCAACAAAAGUAGUUAUUUCCAUGG